AUGACUCGUACAUAUGAGGCUGCCAUUGUGGCGCUCAAUUCUUUGCAAACAAACUAUGCGGUUGUGGAGGAGCUUAGGAAAUCUGUCUCCAGGAAGGAGAUGAAUGAGCGCUCCAUUCCAGAGACAGUAGAAUGGCUUCAGCGUAUUGGAUACAAGCCUUCCGACCUUGAUCGGUUAAACCCCAUCCAUGUCGCUGGCACUAAGGGGAAGGGAUCGACAUCUGCUUUCAUCUCAACUAUUCUCUCUCAAUAUGUGCAGUCCGAGGGUGACCAGUCGACCCCGCGCUUGCAGAAGGUCGGACUCUACACCUCCCCGCACCUUCGGUUCGCACGAGAGCGCAUUCAGAUUGACAAUGCGCCACUAUCGGAACCCCAAUUCGCCAAGUAUUUCUUCGAGGUGUGGGACCGUCUCGAGGAGGCCGCCAAGUUGGCUGGUCAGGAUCCUACCGCGCCAGGAAUGAAACCUCAAUAUUUCCGCUACCUGACAUUGAUGGCGUUUCAUACAUACCUGAGUGAAGGUGUGGAUGCAGCAGUCAUUGAGUGUGGUAUUGGGGGUCAGUAUGACUGUACCAAUGUGGUUGAGAAACCGAAGGCAACGGCAAUCACCAGUCUUGGUAUUGACCACACGGCGAUGCUGGGUACAACAAUCGAGGAAAUCGCAUGGCAUAAGGGGGGCAUAAUUAAGGCUGGCGUUAGAGCAUUCACCGCACCCCAAGCUCCCAGUGCGGAGAAGGUACUGGCUGAGCGUGCUGCCGAGAAGAACACUCAGCUGGAUGUCGUGUCUGUUCACCCCGACCUUCGCGUGGGUAGCACCAAAGUCAAGCUUGGGCUGGCGGGUGAUUUCCAAUAUACAAAUGCAUCAUUGGCUGCCGCAGCUGCGGCUGAGUACUUGAGGAAGACUGGCGUGGCAGACAUCCCAGAAGACAUUAUGACCCAGCCUCUCCCAGCUAAAUUCAAGGCUGGUCUUGAGAAGACGCGACUUGGUGGCCGUUGCGAGACUAGGUUUGAGAAGAAUGUCUCAUGGUAUAUCGAUGGAGGACAUACGCUUGAGAGCAUCCGGCUGGCCGGUACAUGGUUUGCCUCGCGAAUUCAGGAAGACUCUUCUUCAAGCGAUGUGGCCUCCAAGAAGCCACGCAUCUUGAUCUUCAACCAACAGACUCGGGAUAGCACCGCUCUGGCUGUUGCUCUACACGAGACUCUUGCCUCUGCGCUUGGCUCUACCAUCCCAUUCACUCACGCCCUGUUCUGUACAAAUGUCACUUAUAAGCAAGCGGGCUACAGGCCUGAUCUGGUCAGCAUGAACACCAAUGCAGAUGAUGUCGACCAUCUGCGGGUGCAAAAGUCACUUGCCGAGGCCUGGACCUCCAUUGACCCUCACGCCCAAACACAAGUCUUUGGCACAAUUGAGGAGGCCGUGGACUUUGCUCGAGAUGUGGCUGCCAAGGAAAGCAAAAUCCUGCAAAAGGAUGAAGCACCUGUAAUGACCUUUGUCACCGGUAGCUUGCACCUGGUCGGUGGUUUCCUUGAUGUUAUCGAGACCAAACCAUAUUCCGAAGAAGCUUAG